AUGACCACUUCAGAAUCUUCACCACUACUCGAAAAUGGCGGUCUUUCAGGUCAUAGAAAUGUCUCUUUGACUCGUCGCGUUGUCAAUUUCAUGAAAGGCGACGGUGAGCCGUCAUGGGCAGAAUCUUUCAAGUUCUUUUUUUUUGGGACAUGGUUCAAUAUCCUCCUCGUAUUCAUACCCUUGAGCUUCAUAUCUCACAACUUGGGCUGGGAUGCUGGCCUAAUAUUCUUGUUCAGCUUUAUGGCCAUCGUUCCCUUGGCUAAGUUGCUGGGCGAGGCUACAGAUCAACUGUCUAUUAAAUUAGGACAAACUAUGUCAGGUCUCCUUAAUGCAUCCUUUGGGAAUGCCGUAGAAAUUAUCGUCGGCGUUGCUGCUUUACUCAAUGGCCAACUGCGAAUCGUCCAGACGUCUAUGCUUGGAUCGAUCUUAUCAAACAUACUACUCGUCCUCGGUUGUUCGUUUCUUGCCGGUGGAUUAUAUCAUCAAGAAGGGAUUUUCAAUGGUACUGGGGCUCAGGCGUGCCUUAUGACUCUAUCGUGCAUCACGCUUGUUAUUCCUGCAGCCUAUGCAAGUACCACAGAAGCUGGAAUGGAGAAUUAUUGCGAUGAUUCUUCUGAAUGUCCUACUGCGGGUCUACUCUUGAUUUCCAGAGGAACUGCCAUAUUACUCCUGGGAGUCUACUGUGCCUACAUUUGCGUUCAGUUAAAAUCCCACCCCAAACUCUUCAUUACGCCUACGGAUGAAUCAAACAAUGAGGAAACGGAGGAAACAGUACCUCGUAUGGGAACAGCCGCUGCCGGUGUUGCACUUUUAUCGGUAACUGUGGUCAUCGCAUUUUGUGCUGAGUAUCUGGUUUCCUCCAUUGAAGAAACUGCAGUGCGCUAUUCCAUCCCGAAGGUCUUCAUCGGUGUUGUCUUAUUGCCGAUUGUGGGCAAUGCUGCAGAACACGUCACUUCAGUCUGGAUGGCAAUGAAGAAUAAAUACGAGCUCACCAUCACCAUCUGCAUUGGGAGUUCAAUUCAAAUUGCCUGUUUCGUAGUGCCACUUCUUGUGAUCGUCGGUUGGAUAGUCGGUCAACCUUUGACGUUGCACUUCCACAACUUCGAGACAAUCGUUCUUUUUGUAUCUGUCUUCCUUGUCAACCUAUUAAUCAUGGACGGAAGAUCGAAUUAUAUGGAAGGUCUCAUGCUCCUUACCCUCUAUUUGGUCAUCGCCAUUGCAUGUGAGUCGCGCCUCGAACCCUUUAAUCACAUUCUGAUCGUAUUAUAG